AGAGUAGUGUUGGGUCAGUCCAUCUGAGCACUGUGCUCCAUUGAGCCUCGGGCAUGGGGAGGAGCUGGCUGGCUGGAGCUGCAGGAGCCCUGCUGCUGUUGGGCUGCAUUGAAGGUUGGUGAGGGCUGGAAGGGAGAACGCUGGCGUUGUGGAUGGGAGAUGCUGGUCUGAUGGAGCCGGAGACCUGCAGCCCCCUAGGUGAUUUUCCCCCACCAGCUCUCCUGCCAAACAUCUCCUCAGCUCAGGAAGGCAAUCUGGUUCUCGCCCGCUGCCUGGUUUUCUCCCAUCUCCCCAUCACCCACAUCUUCUUCUGCAAGAACGGAGUGGUGCUGGAGAACCACCCCGUGGGUCCCAAGGAAUUCACAGCCACACUCACCAUCCGGCUUUCUGCGGAGAGCAGUGGCACCUACUCCUGUGGGUACCGACGGCAAAGCAACGUUGGGCACAUCAAGAUCUCAAGUUUGAGCAUCCCAUGGCUCCUGACCAUCGAAGGUAGGAAGGGUGAGCUGAGGAACAGCAGCAGCAGCACCGCCACCACCACCCCAGAGCUGCCAGCUGAAGGGCUGGGAAUCUCACUCAGCCUGGCCCUCGUGUUCAUCUCCCUCCUGGUUCUGGCUUUGAGCAUCCACUUCUUCCUGCAGAUAGGAAAACGAGUCCAGCUGGCCAGCUUGAAGCAUUUCAUUCAUCCCCCAGUGGAAGAGCCCAGCGUUUCACAGAGGAAGAGUCCUCCAGGAUCUCUUGCAUCUGGAUGACUUCUUGUUGGACCACAGACGUGCUCUUGGAUGUGAAUAUUGCAGCCCUCAAUGGACAUAGCAGGGGGAAUUGGCCCAAGACAGCAUCCCUUAGGCUCAACACCAGCUGCUCUGCAUAGGCAAGCACCAACAGCACCUCUCCAGAUGUUCCAGUGCCAUAGCAACAGCUCUUGGCCGUGGAAGUCCAUCAAUUAAUUAAAAAGAUGAUUUUCUCUCUUAAAA